AUGGAUGCUUCCAGCGACAAGCCAGCUCCGAGCGAAGAACGCACUUCCUCCCCCGAAUCCUCCGCCGUCCAAACAAAAGAUAACAAUCCAAAAGCUCCGAAGGAUAUAGUCGACGCGAUACUGAACUUCUUUGCACACUCGAGCAACGAGGUCCUGUUGGGUGCCUUCGCCGCGUUAAUAGUCGCGACGUACAUCAUCCUAGGUAGACUCGGUCUCCUUUUGAUUGGUGUUGCCGGCGGAGUGACCUUGCACGCAACAUGGGAAGCAUCGGAGAAUGGGAGCACAGGCGGCCCACCAGAAGACCGCAACUCGAGAAGGAAGGAGCUCGCGUUGAACGUAGCCAACAGGUUGCUUGACUGGCGUCAACGGACCCCGGAAUCCGAUUUGGGCGCCGAUGAACCUCAACAGAAGUCGACCGGGGAUACCCUUUUGGUAGACUUCAAUUCUAUCUCUGGCCCAGAGACGGCCGCCGCGUUGGAAACCCUCACCGAUGCGGUGAUAAGAGACUACGUGAAAUACUGGUAUGGGCCGAUAUUGCCAUCUGAAACCAAGUUUCCUCUCUCGUGCCGGACGGUAUUAGCCGGCUUUAUUGGCAAUGUGUCUUCCCACCUCUCCCGAAAACGGACCGCAGACGCUUUCCUCGAGUUCCUUACAAAUUCAUCAUCGAUGGUGAUCGUCUUUCUGAAUGAGCUCUCUACUGCCUACCAGGUUGUAGGGACCUCUAUGUCACCCGAACAGACGGUUCGACGCUACCUAGAACUGUCUCCCGAAAGCAGCCUAGCAAAUGUGUUAGCCGAAACGCAGCAGAAAAGAAAACUGAAUAUGAUAGCAGACGACAUAUUGUCCAAUUUUCUGGAUCCGAAGGCUUAUGCUUGUCUCCCAGUGCGGGAUUUUCUUCGCGAGAUCCUAGCCGGCGUCAUCCUUGAGUCGAUCAUAACAAGCCUUUCGCGUCCAGAAUUCAUAAACGGCUGGAUCAUUUACCUCUGUAGUGAAGGUGAAUCGGAGAUUAUGAAUGCUAUCGACGCUGGCGUUGAAAGUGCCCGUACGCAAGGGGUGUCUUCGGUUAGGGACUCGACGGAUGUGAACACCAUAUCCCGCGCAUCAACAGACGCUGCGGAUGCAGACCUGAACUCUGCUAAUGAUACACAAGUGAAGCCUGGAAGUGUGGACAAGGCAACAGAGGACGCAAUAAAGGAGGCUAAACGCCUAAGUGCCAUGAUUGCGGCCCAGAGCAACUUCCAGGAACCAAUUUCGACGACGGAUGGUGGUGAAAGAAAUUCUGGGUCUACCGACGAGCUUAGUAGGGCUACGGAUGGGGAUAGGAACUCCCUAGCUCGCGAAACAACAGAAAACGCGACUGGAAAGGGCUCAUUCGAAACUGAAACCACUUUGUCCAAUGAGAGGGCGUCAUCGCAGUCGCCAGCAGUACUGCCAGACAUUCCCUCAUCACCAAGCCUGCCAUCAGAUCUACCGCCGCCUCUAUACGGCGCCUCCAUAUCCGUGGAUGACGGAUCGGAGCCGGGAGGGAAGGGGGUCUUGCGCUCAAAGCCCACAUCCGAUUAUCUGCUCCAGGUCGAACCACCGUCAUCUCGUUCAACCGGAUGGAUGGUUUUCCGGAAAUACACAGACUUUGAAUCGCUCCACGUGGCACUGGAGACUAUAUCUCGAUUGAACCGACUUGAAAAGUUCACGGAGGAUCACCCUCUUCUACCGCCCUGGAAAGGACAGACGAAGCAAGCGCUAGUGAAAGAGCUGGAGAGAUAUUUACAGGACGCUCUUCAAUAUGAACCGCUUGCAGAAAGUGCACGAAUGAGACGAUUUCUCGAAAAGGAUGGAGGCACUGGUCCUGUAUCGAAUGGUACAAAAUCGGGGUUCUCAUUUCCUAGUCAACAUGCACUGGAGAAUGUGGGAAGAAAUGUUCUGGGCGUCUUGAGCAAUGCGCCCAAAGGGGUUUCCGGUGGCAGCAAAGCGGUAUUUGGCGGAGUCUCAGGAGUCUUUGGGACUGGGACAGCGAGCGGGAGAAAGUCCUUAGCAAGCCCCGAUCUAGAUGGAAAUGCCGAAAAGCUUGCUGGCCUGCAGGAAGUACAGACGCCACCGCUUCGUACUUCCGAAGAUGACCCAUACCAAAAGGCUGCUGCAGACUGGCAAAAAUCAGACGCCAACGCUGAAGAAGUGCAGUCCACCAAGCCCAGUCAACCCACUGACUCUUCGCCUCGUGAGUCUACUUCAAGUCGCGCGAAGGAUAGUCCCCGCGAAAGUUCAGAAAUUCCCACUUCAGCUCCAGAAGCAAAGGUUGACUCUGCUCUACAGACGUCUUCGGGCCUGGACGGGACAGCAACGGAUGGGGCUCACUCAAACUCGGUGGGUGAGAAACCAGCCGCUACCGUCCCAAGAAGUCAGAGCAGUCCUAUCACACAGGAUGAGACCCGUAUUGCAGUGGAGUUGAUUUUCGCCAUGAUCAACGAAUUAUAUACGCUAUCGUCAGCGUGGAACAUCCGCCGGACUUUGCUGAAUGCGGCCAAGUCUUAUAUACUCCGUCCCGGGAACCCUAAUCUAGAAACCAUUCGCGGCCUGUUGCAGGAGUCCAUGAUCGAAGCGAACACGACAGAUGACACAAUUGCGUUUUAUCUCCAGAAGAUGCGUGAAAACGCUCUCCCGACAGAGGAGGAACUCAAAGCCUGGCCUCCUCCACCCGAUGAUGCCGAAAAAGAGCGCCUCAGGGAUUCUGCGCGGAAAGCACUAGCCCAAAGAGGACUGCCCCAGGCGUUAACAAGUGUGAUGGGGGCAGCGGCCAGCCGAGAAGCUCUUGAAAAGGUAUUUGACUGUCUUCAAUAUGAACCCAUUGCUAGAGGGUUUGUUUUCUCUGUUUUAUUGCAAGCCCUGCGGGCUGUGAUAUUAUGA